CGUCGUCACAAAAGAGAAGAAGUGAAAAAAGAUCAAAGUUCCUCUCUCUCUCUCUCUCUUUCUACGAUUUUCUAAGUGGUUUUUGCAUUUCUCUUGUGAUCUUUCCUCUUUCCUUUCAUCUGAUUUCGUCAGUUUUCAUCGAUCGAUUCCUCCUACUCUCGCGAGAAAAAGAUAGUCAACCGCACAGAAAAACUAUCAAGACGGUCGGUGCAUAUGUAUUGUCCAUGGAAAAAGAGACCAGUGGGAUUCUACGAGAUAGGACGCACAAUCGGCGUUUCAAGAAUGUUCUGAGAGAACGGAAGCUUUUCCUGAAAAUAGUACGUAAUUUUGUGCGAUUUCGUUAGAGAGGUUUAAGCAGAAAGAGAGGAAGACAGGGAACACUGGGCAAGACGAAGACAACGAGAAAACAAAGAGUUGAAAGAAAGGAAAGAGGAAAAAGGCGAUGACACGCGAAUUUCUUCGCGUAAUAAUUAUAGCAUUGUGAUCGAACGAACUGUGAUAUAACUUGUACAUAUUUUUAUUUUAUUUUAUUUAAUAACUAUCCCUUUGGGGAAAACGACAACAGAAGAUUGAUAUGACGAACACCAUGGCAGAGAACAAUGGUGACAUCCAAAACUCAGAGAAAUCAUCCUUGGUGGAUUCAACGAUACUCUCAAAAAUUCAAUCAUCCAAUCAAUUGGAAGAUGAGAAAUCUGUGCUGGCAUCAAACAAUGUGCAUACUGACCCAGAAAAUGGCUGCAAUGUUAAUGGAAGUGUAGUCAGACAAGUACUUGCUGCAAUAGUAGCACAGCUUGGUACUGUUAACACUGGUAUGACUUUUGGAUUUUCUGCCAUUGCUGCUCCACAACUUCAGGAAGCAAAUAGUACCAUUCCCAUUACUAAGGGAUCAUCUGAGGAAUCAUGGAUUGCUAGUAUGUCCUCCAUUGGAACUCCCAUUGGAUGUUUAAUGUCUGGAUAUAUGAUGGAUGCACUUGGGAGGAAACGGUCUCUCAUCAUCACAGAAAUUCCAGCAUUGCUUGGAUGGGUAUUAAUUGCAUUUGCAACUAAUAUUCAUAUGAUAUAUGCUGGAAGAUUCUUCGUAGGACUUGGUUCCGGCAUGGUGGGCGCUCCAGCGCGCGUUUAUACCGGAGAAGUGACUCAACCCCAUCUACGAGGAAUGUUGACUGCUUUUGCGAGUAUCGGAGUCAGCACUGGAGUUAUGAUCGAAUAUGCAUUGGGAAGCGUACUUACGUGGAACAUUUGUGCGGCCAUUAGUGGAAUUUUACCUCUUGCUGCUCUAUUGCUGAUGUUUCUCUUUCCUGAGACACCGUCAUAUUUGAUAUCUCGUAACAGACCUGAAAAAGCACGGAAAGCAUUACAGAAAUUUCGAGGUAGUGCGUGCAACAUUAAUCAAGAAAUGGAAGUGCUUAUUAAUUUUUCCACUAAAAACAAUAUUAAGCGUCUAACAGGAUUCCGCGAGAUAGUUGGCGCUCUUUUAAAACCUAAUGCUCUGAAACCGUUCACUCUGUUGUUUUUGUACUUUUUGAUAUACCAAUGGUCAGGCACGAAUGUUAUAACCUUUUACGCCGUUGAAAUCUUCCAAGAUUCGGGGGCAACAUUAAACAAGUACUUAGCUGCGGUAAUUCUUGGAGUAGUAAGAUUAGCAUCCACUAUUGCCGCUUGCAUCUUGUGCAGAAGAUGUGGAAGAAGACCCCUCACAAUGGUCUCUUCCAUUGGUUGCGGAAUUUCUAUGGUUGGACUAGGUGGAUAUAUGUGGUUGAAAGAAUACUGGACUGUAAGCAACCUUCCAAUCGUUGCUACCUGGUUCCCUGUCUUUUGUAUAUUUGCAUACACUAUAACUUGCACUCUUGGUUUCCUUGUUAUCCCUUGGAUAAUGAUAGGCGAAGUAUAUCCAGUACAAGUACGCGGUAUUAUCGGUGGUUUGACUACUAUGGCAGCCCACUCCUUCAUCUUUACAGUAGUUAAAACAUAUCCGUUUUUAGUUAGCGCUCUUACUCGGCAUGGUACUUUCAUUCUUUACGGUUGUAUAUCGUUAUUCGGUACAAUAUACUUUUACUUGUGCCUUCCCGAAACUAAAGGUAAAUCACUUCAAGAAAUAGAGGACUACUUUUCCGGUAGGAAUAGUAAUUUAAAAACUGGAACUAUACGUAGUAAUAAGCCAAAGGUGUUAGAAGUAAAAAAGGGUCAAAUAUUCCCCUGAAGCAACGCGUACAGUUAACGUUUUAAUAGGAAUAGAUCGAACAAAUCUGUCUUCCAUAAAACAAAGAUAAAAAGUUGCAUGGCUAUGUUUUAUUAUUGUUAACAAAAAUGAAUUCGCAUAUUAUUAUCAGAAAGCAGUUCUUAAUUUAUAAAUACUUAAAGGUAUUCUAAGUUCGUCUUGUAACAAGACGAUAGUACAGCUGACAAAACGUGAUCGAAAGACUUUAAAAAUCGAUUAUGAUCAGUUAAGUUACACUAAGACUUUUCUAUCGAUAUUCUGACAUUUUAUUUUUCGUGUUUAGGUAGGAUAAUUUUAAUUUUUAGCGAUAUCUAUUUAUUAAUUAAACACUCAAGUAAUUAAAUCGCGCAUAGUUUCUUCAAGAAGGUGACGAUGCGAUAUAUUUCUUAAAGAGUACAAGUCAUUGAAAGGAUCAGAUAUACUCGUUAAUGAAUAUAUUAGAUUUUUUGAAAAUUAGGACACGUGCCUUGCAAAUUUUUUAAUACACGCA